AUGUUAGCCAGAAAAACUGUAUCUUCUGGUUCUCUGAGAAAAGCUCUAAAUGAGAAAUUGAGGGCUAGCCAGAAGAAGGAAGGUUCUGCUAAGGAAUCUGACUCCACCUCUGAGUCUGAAACUUUUAUCUCUGCCAGCGAAGGUGAAGAACAUGGGUAUUCUAACACUGACAAGAAUCAAGAAACCCCCGGUGAGGUAAAUACUUGCUUGGUAUUCUCUGAUGUAAUAGAAAAGGUAGAUAAUAGGGUCAAACAAAGUGAGGCAGAGUUGCAAAAAACUCUGGAAGAAAGCAGGAAAAAGAAGAAGGAGAAGGGAAAGGCUAAAGUUGUGGAAAGCUCUAAGGCUGCAGAAGAGGAAGAGGAGGAGAUGGAACUGAUGCAUCAAGAGAUAGGUACAACUGUGAAGGUUCCCACUCCCAAACCAAAAAGAUCUAAGACUUCUUCAAAGAAGUCUUCUAAACCUGUAUCUACUGAACCCUCCUUAGCCAAAAGAACCAGAACUGCAGUGAAAGGGAAACAAAAUGCUGAAGAUGUGCCUUAG